GGGAAACCGAAACAUUCUUCAGGAAGAGAAAAGAUGGCGAUGACAUCGACAGUAGCUAAAGAACCAGUAGUUAAAUUCUCCAGAGUGCACGGCCCCAACGUGUCACUCGAUGACAACAAGACUACGUCAUCGUGGAAGGUGACCCAGUUCUACAAUACAUGUGUGACGAACAGACACCUCGUGGAAGGCGAUGAGGUAGAACUCCACCUGGAGGGAAGAGGCAGAGCGAUAGUUGGGAUAACUCCAACAGACGUACACAAUCAGAUACGCCAUGAUGUCUGUUGCGAAUCUCAGUGCACCUUGUUUCAGAGAAUGUGUGAGCUCCACGGGCAAAACAUGUCCAAAUUGUUUUGCAUUAAGAGAAAACCAGGCCACGUGUUUACUGUUACGGUCCACUUGAAUACGGUGGAGUUUUGCUACAAAGGAGAUAUAUGGCUGUGUGUGCAGGUCGUAUUUGGAGACAUCAAAGCUGAAAUCAGAGCAACAGGUGCUCCCGACAGUGUGCCGCUGUUACGGUUCGACCAGAGGUGCGGUAAUAACGUCAUGCUGGACGUAGACGGCAAGACAGCACGUACCAAGGUGAGAAAUCCGGGCGCCUUGUGUUCACUACAGGGAUAUCUGGUGCAAGGGGAGAUCAUCCAUAUGGAAAUGCAGACCACAAAAAGCGCCACCUGGAAUGAACUGGUGAUUUACGUGAGCAACGACAGCCCAGAAGAACUAGAUAGCAUGGAGCUGAUACACAUGGCAGAACGCUCCAAACUGGCGACACUCGACAGCCCACGUGGUAUCAUGAAGUUAUGCUUGACGUCAGAGACCAAGAUGACGUACACAGUAUGCGGCCAGGAAUACACGGCGGACCUGGGUGAAGUGUUGGACGACAUUGGACCUGUGUAUGUCUACUUCCAGCCGAUGGGUCUCAAACUGACCUUACUCUCUCCUGAUCAGCUCGAUGAAUCGGACGAUGACGUCACGUCAACAGAAGGGCUACACGAGCACACUGGUUUGCCGCCAUCAUCAUGGGACACCAACGUCAUGCCAAGUGACGACUCGGACACGGAUCCAUACGAACUACAUCAGAGUUGUACCCCUUCGUCGGCGCGGAUAAUACCAGUUGAACUUAAACGACCAACUCCAGAACAACAUCUUGGUAAUGCAGGUCAAACAUUGUCACCCACACAGGCCGGAGGUACACCACAGAUCAAGGAUACUCCCCAGAGCGAAGUCUCGUCCCGUACUCAGCUCAACACAGCUCUCAUGCGCAGUGCCGUGAGUUUUACAGAGGCCGACUCACAGAUUGCAUCAGUAGCUCAUCCACAAAACAAAUCUCGACCUGUUUCACAUAAGGAAUUCCCAGGUACGUCACAAUGUACGUCAAUGUCUGCGUCACAAGAGACAAUCCCUGUUCCAUCACAAUGCGAAUCCCAAGGUGCACUACUUACGUCACCUGUGUCACAAAGUCCAUCACUUACGUCAUCUGCGUCACAAAGUCCAUCACUUACGUCACCUACGUCACAAAGUCCAUCACUUACGUCACCUACAUCACAAAGUGCAUUCCGAUUUUCGUCAUCAGGUUUUGCAGAGAAUGCUUUCGAGCAAUAUAUACGACCACACUACGCUCGUUUUGUUAAAGGUAUGGAUCCAGAAAAUGUUGCAGAUGAACUUUAUGCAUUAAAAGUGAUAAACGGAGAUCAGCUAGACACGAUUCAUGGAAAAUCUUUGACAAGAAAAGAGAAAAACCGAAAACUGCUAGAAGCACUUAAAAACAGGCCCGACGCUAUUCGACUGUUUAAAAUGGCGCUGUCGAAUUCUGAUCUGACCCACCUGGCUGACUUCAUUGAGAUCUGAAGAGCGGGAGCCAGUUGACUAUUUCAGACGUACGGUAUGGGCCAGUAACUGGCCUCUGAUAAUUAAAAAUCUGCGUGAUCCAUUUAUCGGUUAACCAGAAAUAAAUCCAUGUAAUCCAUUUCUUUUUUGCGUAACCCGUUAUAUCCAUGUAAAUUGUGCUCAAACUUUUGCGCGAGCGAGCAAAAAAUAGGUUACGCAAAAAUAAAUUUGCACGAGCAACGCUCGAACGAAACGACCGUUCUCGCAAUUUCCAAAGGCUUGAGAAAGAAAUUUUUGUUAAUGACACUUCCGCUAUAUGGGGCGAGACGUAGCCCAGUGGUACAGCGCUCGCUCGAUGCGCGGUCGGU